AUGUUUACGGCUGCGAUCGUCAAGCGGGAAAGAGGGUUCCAAGUUGAGAAGGGAGAAAACUUUUGGGGUGGUAAGCAUGCCCAAACAUACUUCAAGAAAAAAGGAACCUGGCAAGCUAUAGCCAUUCAUGUUGACGAUGUGUCGGACGCAAUCAUUCUGCUGGCUGAGGAGGGAUUGAAAGCACAAGGUGGAAAGGCCCAAUGGGGAGAUGAGGGAUAUUACUUUGCUGAAGCAGAAGAAUUCGUAAUUCAAACUCUUCCGGAAAAGCCAAGAACAUACAGCUAAUUCCACUGCAGCAAUGGGGUAGCAUUGCUGUCGCGGUCACCAAGGCCCUGUACAAAGAAGGAGCUCUCAAGAGUGGGGAUGUCGACUCGAUCUCGAUAGAGGAUGCCACUCAGCAGCAUCAUUAUGCUUCGAUCCUUUGGAGGGGCAACUGCAGAAGUCGGGCUGACCGUCUCCAUGCUCUUGGAUGGGAGGCGAAGGCACCCAAUGUCUUGCAAAGCGUACCUGAGAUGAUUGCUGAAAGCCUUAAGAGCAUGUAAGGCAACUCUACUGAGAUCCAACGAAAUAUAGAGGGAUCGGAAAAGACGGACUGCUGAUAGAUGUGCCCUGAAUAGAAAAGUAUAGUAGAG